AUGCAAUGGCCGAAGUGGUGGUCCUCGUCAACAAAGGAUGAGGCCGACUUGAAGGAAUCGGCUACAAUUCAAGCCACCAAGGCGUGGGAUGCGAUUGGCGAGAAAGUGACUGAAGCUCGUGAAUCAGUCGAGCAAAACGCUGCGACCACGCUACCCACACAGAUCAAAGCCUUUGCCGAACCUCAGACGAUCGUAGCAACGGCAGUGCUGACCGUAUCUUGCCUUGGGCUCUUUAAGUUCUACAGAUCCUACCUACGACGAAUUCCUCAAGCAACGAACAUCACACCGGGCUUUCUGCGCCGUAGGAGUCUGGUGGGCAGAAUCACAAGUGUAGGAGAUGGAGAUAACUUUCGGUUCUAUCACACGCCAGGAGGUAGAUUAGCUGGAUGGGGCUGGUUUCCGGGGAGGCGAGUGCCUACGGAGAAGAAAGAGCUCAAAGACAAAACGAUUCAUCUACGUCUCGCCGGAGUCGACGCACCAGAACUCGCUCAUUUUGGCAGGCCUUCACAACCAUAUGCGCAAGAGGCUCUCGAUUGGCUCACUGCGUAUGUUCUCGGUCGGCGUGUUCGCGCCUACGUUUACAAGAUCGACCAGUACAAUAGAGUGGUUGGAACUGCAUACGUGUGGAAAGGUCUCAUGAGACGUGACGUCGGUCUUCAGAUGCUUCGAGCGGGAAUGGCUACCGUCUAUGAGGCGAAAACAGGCGCCGAGUUUGGUGAGGGCCUUGAAAAGAAGUAUAGGAAUGCAGAGUGGUGGGCAAAGACUAGACGAAAAGGUAUGUGGGCGGGCAGGAAGAAGGACUUUGAGAGCCCGCGAGAGUACAAGACGCGGUACGGUAUGGGAUCUCCACAGGACGAGACCAAGUGA